AUGCGGCCCCCACGCUCUUUAACAUUUGCCUUCCUUUCAGCGUAUUUAUUCCAAUGCUCUCUAGGCCAGGGUGGGACCUAUACCUUUGACAAGGAGAUACGUGGCGAUGCAUUCUUCAAUGAGUUCGAAUGGGAAUCCAUGCCAGAUCCCACUCAUGGGAGGGUGAACUACGUGGAUAAACAGACCUCAAUAGCACAAAGACUCACCUAUGUCAACGACGAGGGCCAAUUCGUUCUUCGCGCCGAUGACCAGAAAGUCGUGGGUCCGGAAGCCCGAGGUCGUGAUUCUGUGCGAAUAAGAUCUGUUGAGCAGUUCACCACUCACGUCGCUGUGUUCGACAUCGCUCAUAUGCCUGUGGGCUGCGGUACUUGGCCUGCUCUGUGGACAGUGGGUAGAGGAUGGCCGAACGGAGGAGAAAUCGAUAUACUGGAAGGUGUUAACGAUGAAACUCCAAACGCAGCGACAUUACACACAGGGACCGGCUGCGUGAUGCCAGGGAAUGACGCUGCUCACAAGGGACAACGGAAGUUCCACAAUUGCGACGCCAGACAGAACAGCAAUAUCGGAUGUCCCGUAGAGUUUGAUACCCCCCUCAGCUAUGGUCCACCUUUCAAUCAGGCGGGCGGUGGAUGGUAUGCCAUGGAGCGCAACAGCGCGUUUAUCAAGAUUUGGUUUUGGUCCCGCAGCGAUGCGAACGUCCCUGAGAGCAUCAGAACACCCGGCGGAACCGCAGACCCUUCUCAAUGGGGAGAGCCGAGCGCCUUCUUCCCUGGAGACACGUGCAACAUGGACCAAUUCUUCAUACCCCACUGGAUUGUCAUCAAUCUGACCUUCUGUGGCGAUUGGGCUGGAGCUGUCUACCAUCUAAAGCAGGACUGCCCAGGAACCUGUGUCGACCACGUCAACAAUCAGCCCCAGGCCUUCAGUCAGGCCCGCUGGGAAAUUAAUUCGAUUAGAAUCUACAAGUAG